AUGGCUCGUUUACUGCGCACAGAAUCAGAGUCUCAGCAGCUGUUGCAGCUGGUUGAUCUUCUUCGCGACUCUGUUAUCACUGUUACACAGGAAUGGGACAAAGAACGCAACGUUUCUAAAGCUGAGGCUGAUGAAAGACGUACUGUGCCAAGUCAUUCCCUCUUUGAUGCCCAGAGAACAAUUGAAGCGGCCGCUGGCGCACUAAUAGCCCUUGUCGCGGAACCUGCACACAGAAUCCAGCAGGUCAUGACGCUGGCAGUUCAGGCUAGAGCUAUGAUACUAGCCUCUGAGAUGAAGAUCCCGGACAAGCUGGCAAUCGCCGGCGAACAGGGGUUACACAUCGAUGAACUGUCCCACCAGACUGGCAUUGAAUCUCGAAAGUUAGCUCGCCUGAUGCGGACUUUGUGCACUAUUCAUAUUUUCCAAGAGCCGCGAGACGGAUACUUUACAAACAACCGGAUCUCACAGGUCCUCGCUAACAAUGAGCCACUGCAGGCUCUUGUGCAGCUGGCGAGUAUGCACUCUUUUACCUCUGAAUAUCUCGGCAAAUAUCUCCUGGGUCCCACAGGAGGCUCAUACGAAAAAGAUGAAACCGCCUUUCAAAUCGCUUAUGGCACGAACAAGACACAGUUCGACUGGUUCGCUGAGAAAACCACAGUCGAAGAACUCAAACGGGAGGCUGGCCUUGGUGUAGGCUACCCUGGCUUCUUCUCACGUUUCCAUGAAGACAACCUUAAGAAACCAGAUGAGUUCGGGAUGGUCGAUCGGCCGGAGCUAAGUAACUUUGGUAAAGCCAUGAUCGGUAGUGGGUCCGUCAACAGCCAUCCUCAUACCUUUGACUAUCCUUGGGGUGAGCUUGGAGAGGGCGCCACCGUUGUUGAUGUCGGUGGUGGAGUUGGUGGAUUUGCACUUCAACUCCUCAAAGUACACCCUCGUCUCCGUUUCGUCGUCCAAGAUCGCCCAGAGGUCAUUAGCCAGGGGAGAAAUGAGAUUUUCCCCCAGCUCGCACCAUGGGCUCUGGAAAACAACCAGGUCAGCUUUGUGGAACAUGAUUUCUUCAAAGCUAACCCCACUGUCGGUGCGGAUGUUUAUUGGCUGCGUCGCAUUUUUCAUGAUUGGUCGGACGAACCUUGUCUUGAGAUCCUCAGGGCACUGAAAUCAGCUAUGCGGCCCAAUUCCAGGAUCCUCAUCGCGGAUUGUGUGCUGAACACCACUUGCGGGUCUGCCGAUAUUCCUUCUGCCCCUGCACCCUUGCCCGCCAACUAUGGGUAUUGGUGUCAAUACAACCAUGUGCUCGGGCUGAUCAUGAUGGCUGAGAAUAACGGUAUUGAGAGAACUGCGUCACAAAUCAAGGAUCUGGUCACCAAGGCUGGUCUACGAGUCAAUAAAAUAUGGCCAGUGAGGAGCCUGGUGGGCAUUGUUGAGGUGGUUCUAUAA